CUGUUUAAAGCGCUGCUAUUGCAAAAGAAAUGUGCAAUCCAAUAAAACAAUGCAAUUAAAGAAAUCCUAUUAAACUCGCUGCUGCUUCGGUAAUUUAGCGCGAGUGCACGUUCCAUAGCAAUAGUUGGUGAACCGUAAAAGCGUUCUGUAGUCCAGAAUGUAGAUAAGGAACUCGUGUUCGAAUCUCAACUUAUCGAAUUAUUUCAAACUACAAAAAAUUGUAUUUUUAAAAUGCGGUUUAUACGACGCGGCUUGCUAAAGCUGCUGCUGAUAAGCAGUAUAUUGCUGAUGAUCGUUACAUUUUUGUUCCUCAACGAGCCAGAGGAAAUAGAUAAAAGCAUUAAAAUCGAAAUAAUUGAGAGAUCGAUAAGGUCUGCUAUGAAUCAGGGCGAGUGCCGCCAGCCCCACUUGCCCGUGGAUAAUCCAGACAUUAUGAAAUUCUAUAAGCCGGUCGACAAAAUAAACUGCGGCUCCAAGCCGGAUUGGGUGAUGUGCGAGAAAUCGAUAUGUUUUGUCAAGCCCGAGAUAACAGCAGUACACGGCGAUAUAACAUGCUCGUAUACAGAUAUAAUACGCACAUCGGACUAUACCGCUCGCUUUGGACGAACCGUAAGGAUCAAGGAGCCAUAUGUGCUCCAGCAUAGCGAUUUCGUUCGGGUUGCGUGUCAUGCGGAUAGCGGUGAGAGAUGGUUUGGCAUGGCAUUGGGAAUUCGGGACACUGUGCCACGACCAAUGGCUCCCAAUUUGGCGCCCAAUAUGGUUAUGCUGCCAGCCGAGGCAGUUGCCCAGGCACAACAACAGAUGCAGGACCUGCCGACGACACCCUUUUACAAUGUUUUGAUGUUUGGCUUCGAUUCGCUGAGUCGGAACGCCUUCAUGCGUAAGCUACCGCGCAGCUAUGCCUAUUUAACUCAGCAGCUAGGUGCCAUUGUACUGCAGGGCUAUAAUAUUGUGGGUGAUGGAACCCCACAGGCGCUGGUACCCUUACUCACAGGGUAUACAGAACUGGAGCUGCCGGAGACAAGGAAACGGGUGGCAUCCGCGGGCAGCGUCGAUUCCUAUCCGAUGAUUUGGCAGGAUUUUGCCCGGCUCGGCUACUUGACCUCAUUUAACGAGGAUCUACCAUAUGUUGGCACCUUCACAUAUCGAAUGAACGGAUUCGAUGCCCAGCCCGUGGAUCAUUAUUUACGUACUUUUUACAUGCAGGCAUCAAACAUGCUGAGCGGCAGUGAGCCCAACUGUGUUGGCAACCAGCCAGAUCAUUUAAUCAUGCUGGAUUACACCAAGAAUUUUAUGAUGAAGUAUCGUGACUUGCCACGCUUUGUGUUUAGCUUUCACGGCGGCCUCUCGCACGACUCUAUUAAUCUAGUGGGUGCAGCCGAUGACGAUGUGCACGAUUGGCUGGUGACGCUCAAAGAGAAGUCCCUGCUCGACGAUACCAUACUAAUAUUUAUGGCUGAUCAUGGCAAUCGGUUUGCCGAGGUGCGCGCCACGCUGCAGGGCAAACAGGAGGAACGUCUGCCCUUCUUUAGUUUCGUAUUUCCCGAAUCCUUUAAAAAGCGCUUUCCGCAGGAGUAUAAUAAUUUUGUUGCCAACGAGCACCGACUCGCCACACCCUUUGAUGUACAUGCCACGCUCAAGCACCUGAUACAGCUUCAAACAUCUGGUCUGAACUACCUGAUGCCUGAAAACAGCUACGAUGGCUCCAUCAAUGAAGCCGUUCAGCCAAAAGAGAUACACAUCUCAGAACAGGCGCUGGGACGCGCCAUAUCGCUCUUUGAGCCCAUACCCAGCAAUCGUUCCUGUGCCGAUGCAUACAUUGAGCCUCAUUGGUGCGCUUGCCUCAAAUGGCAGCCGUUGCAGCUGAACGAUAGCCGCUACGAGGGCAUCAUUCUCAAAGCGGCCAGCAGCAUUGUGGAGACUAUCAAUGCGGCAACGCAAGAGCGCCGGAAUCUUUGUGCACCACUCCAGCUGCUAAAAAUCAACUGGGCACUGCGCCUGGAACCACACAAGGAACUAUUGCAGUUCAAGUCCAAUAGGGAUACGGAUGGCUUUCUGGCCGAUAUGAGCGGUCACACUGUGGUGCAUGAGGAGUUAUAUCAGCUGCAGCUAGUCACCCAGCCAGGCCAGGCAUUGUAUGAGGCCAGUGUUGUCCACAAUUUGCACACAUUUAUUGUCACAAGCAAACUCUCGGAUAUAUCGCGUGUCAACAAAUACGGCACGCAGGCGAAAUGUAUAUACGAACGCGAUCCGGAACUGCGCAAGUUUUGCUACUGCCGGAACCGAAACUAGUCAAUGCACAAUCUGCACUGAACUUAUUAUAAGAAUACAGUGGAGUAUAACCUAUAAGACUUUAGUUUUCCUAAUUCUUUACAUAUAUUAUGUAUGGAAUAUGAAAUUACUUUUAUAUUCAUGUGCCAAAGACACUCAUCUCUUGUCACAACUUUAAGUUUGUAGAGCUCUUUGUACUAGUUCCUUAGCACAACUCAACUCAAAUAUUGAUAAAAACCAA